AUGGAUAGUUGUCUCUCUAACCAAGCCACGCUCCCUUCUCUUGGGUUUAUUGUUCCGGCCAUGAGCAAGGUCCAGUAUAGAUCGAUGGUCACGGUAGCCACGGCGGGUAAGAGCAGGUACGAGCCUGGAAACAGCUUUAACGCGCCUCUUAAGCCUCGAACUUUGCAGGGGAGGUUUCUGAGAGGUCUGUUGCUAAACAAGAGGCACCUCUUCCACUACGCCGCUGCUGAUGAGCUCAGGUUACUGGCAGAUAACCGUGAAGCUGCUUUAGCUCGUAUGUCUCUUAGCUUUGGUUCCGAUGAAGCUUCUCUCCACAGAAGAAUAGCUCAGCUCAAGGAACGUUACUGCAAACUUGCAGUCCAAGAAAUAAUGUACAUGUUAAUAGUCUAUAAAUACUCAGAGAUAAGAGUCUCUCUCUCUCCAAAUCUCUCUAGAUGCAUCCACAAUGGAAGACUCGAAAUAUGGGCUAAGAAAGAUCGGGAGCUGGAGUCAAUCCACAGCUGUGAUGAUACCCUUGAGCUCAUCAAAGAACACGUAAACGCAGUCAUCGGAUUACGUGUCAACUCAUGUCUACAUGAGAAAACACAGAUACAGAAACUUCAUUUCAAGAAGGUAUACGUUGGCUCGAUCUUGUGUGGUUACUUCUUGAAAUCUGCUUCCCUCAGACACCAACUCGAGUGUUCCUUACCCGAUCUCCAUGGAAGUGUCUUUGGAUCUUCUUUGACAAUUGGCACUGCACAGGUGGAACAUCUGAGACAUUACAUCACAGGGUUUGACCCCGAGACAAUGCAGAGAUGUACAAAGCCUAGGACAGAGGAAGCAAGGAGUUUGAUAAAGAAGCAAUGUUUGGCUCUUUUUGGCACGGAGGAAAGUGAUGAGACCAUUGUGACAUCGUAUUCGAGUCUGAAGCGGUUGGUUUUGGAAGCUGUGGCGUUUGGGACGUUUUUGUGGGACACUGAGUUGUAUGUAGAUGGUGCAUAUAGGCUCAAUGAAAAUGCAGAAGAACAAGAAAAUAGAAGUUUAUGAAAACCAGCUUGGUUUAAAGAAAAUCGUCAGGAUUCUUUGGUUGUGUUAUAUAUAGGGAAGAAAUUUCUGCCGAAUCUCUCAGGCAGUUCUUUAGUGUAUACUGAAUAGCCGAGUAAGAAUGUGUUAGUUAAGGAAACAAGGCCUGUAACUAGUUAUUCAUGAAAGGAAUAUGCUCAAUAAAAUAAAAAAAAUACUCAUUGGUGGUAAAAACG